AUGGCGGCUCCGGAAGCGGCGGGCGACACGACGGCGACGCUGCUGCGGGUGCUGGAGGCCCUAUACCAGACGACGGACCGAUCCACGCGGCGAGAGGCCAGCAAAUGGCUCGAGGCGUUUCAGCAGAGCAUGGACGCGUGGCAGAUAUCGGACCGGCUGCUGCACGAUGAGAGCAGCAGCAUGGAGGUCAGAUACUUCUGCGCACAGACUCUGCGAACCAAGGUUCAAAGAGACUUUGAGGAGCUCCCUCAAGGUUCAACGCCUUCCUUGCGUGCCUCACUCCUUGGGCUGCUAGCCAAGUUCAGAAACGGGCCAGCCGCAGUGCGCACUCAGCUGUGUCUGGCGAUUGCGGCGCUAGCAGCGCACACGCCAGCAGGAGAGUGGGGGGAAGGAGGCGUGGUGUACUGGCUGCGGCAGCAGCUGGCAGCACAGCCGGAAUCUGCUCCUGCUUUGCUGGAACUACUGACUGUAGUCGUGCAGGAGGUGGGAGCACACAAGCUGGCAGUGCGGCCGGAGAGGAGGAGGCAGUUCUCAGCAGAGCUGGUGGCGUGUGCACCGGACGUGCUCACCCUCCUCGCUGCCUGCCAUGCCGCGCACCCCUCUGAUCCCGCCACUACUGAGGCAGCACUACAUGCGUUCACGGCCUGGCUGCGCUUCAGCAACGGUCUAUCUGCUGCGACUCUCAUGGCGCAUCCACUCGUUCCUGUUGCCUUGGAGGGCUUGCAAUCCGCAGACAUGUUUGAGCCGUCAGUUGAAGCCGUGUGUGAGCUGAUCCGCUUCUCAGUCUCUGGCGGUCCGGCGGCAUUGGCAGCGAACAUGCAGCUGGUGCAGCUGAUAGUGCCGCGCAUCAUGGCGCUGCUGCCACGCUUCUCUGCUGCGCUCAAAGUGGUGCAGGCGCAUCAGCAGGGGCAGACAGACGCGGAGCCAGAGGAGGACGAGGACACGAUGAAGGCCAUGGCGCGACUGUUUGCAGAAAUCGGCGAGGCAUAUGUGGACCUGAUUGCCAGCGGGUCGCCUGAGUCGAUGAUGAUAGCAGAGGCGCUGGUGCAAGUGACUUCGCACCCAGACUUUGACAUCGCAUCCACCACUUUCAACUUCUGGCAUGCGCUCGGCUCUCACCUCACCACGCGGCCGCGGCAUGAGGAGAACGUGGCAUCGGAUGCAGCAGCGCAUGCAGAAAGGGAGAGGCGGCUUGCGCUCUUCAAACCCAUCUUUGAACUCCUUGUAUCCCUGGUGAGCUUCAGAGUGCGGUACCCCCCUGGCCACGAGAACUGGCGUAGUGAUGAGAAGGCAGACUUCAAGCAAACACGCUGCGCUGUGGCUGAUGUGUUGACAGAUGUUCUGUACGUGCUGGGUGGAGAGAGAUUGCUACAGCUGCUCGCUCAACCUCUCUUCCAGAUAGCAGAGGGAGCAGCACGGGGGCAGGAGUACGACUGGAGGGCCUUGGAGGCAUCACUGUACUGCAUCCGAGCCAUUGCGGGCUCGCACCUCCUGCGCGAGCAAACCAUCCUGCCCCAGCUCAUGGCACUGCUACCCAUGCUGCCCCCUCAGCCUCAGUUAUUGUACACUGCGUCGCUGACCAUAGCGGCCUACUGUGACUGGAUAGCAGCUGCGCCCAACGCGCCGUCGAUGCUGCCUCCGCUGCUCACUCUCCUCACCAACGCGCUGGGAGCUGGCGAGGAUGCUGCUCCCGCUGCAGCCCUCGCACUGAAGCACAUCUGCGAUGCGUCACGGCAGCACCUGCUGUCAUCGAUUGAUCCGCUGCUACAGCUGUACAACCGAGUAAUGGUGUCGGAUGCUGCUCUGGCUCUGCAGCCAGAGGACGAGCUCCAGAUCGUGGAAGCACUCAGUGUGGUGGUGAGUGUGCUACCACCAGACCAGUGCCCCAAGGCAGUCUCCGCGCUGUUGCAGCCUCUCACUGCAGCACUUCAGCAAGUGGUGACAGCAGCAGCGCAGGCACCAGGAGGGCCUGCAUCCAUGCCAGCAGCGCAAUACGUGGUGCAUAUAGACAGAAUCGCCAACAUUUUUAGAUACGUCAGUCAGAAUCAGCCUUUAGCAGACGCGUUUCAACAACUAUGGCCUCUCUUCCAGGCUGUCUUCGCUCAAAAGCCCACAGACAUGCGAGUCAUGGAAAGGCUAUGUCGAGCAUGCAAAUACGCGAUCCGGGGAGGGAAAACGGCCAUGGCGCCAGUGCUAGCGCCUCUCCUGCAGGAGUUGCAGGUGCAAUACGAGCAGCACCAGCAACCAUGCCUGCUAUACGUGGCCAGUGAAAUCAUCAAGGUGUUUGGUUCAGAUGUCAACUGUGCAGCGUACCUGCAGCAGCUCAUCGCAGUGCUAUUCGCCCGCACCACCGCCUCCCUGCAAUCCCUUGAUGACUUCACGUUGAAACCGGACGUGGCAGACGACUGCUUCCUUCUCGCGUCACGCUGCAUGCGGUACUGCGGGCAUCUGUUCGUGCCCACGCCGGCCUUCCUCGCGGUGCUCGACAGCGCCCUUGCAGGCCUGCUCGUGCAGCACAGGGAGGCAUGCAAGUCAGUCCUCAGUUUCCUCAAGGACGUGCUAGACUUCCCGUUCUCGGAGCGCGGCCGACCCUUCCGCGCCAACAUAGAGGCCGCCGUGGGCCCGCGUGGCCCCACUCUCUGCCGCCUGCUGCUCGCCGCUGCCACUGGCGGGCUGCCCGAGUCUCGCAAUGAUGAGGGGCCCACGCACUGCCGCCUGCUGCUCGCCGCUGCUACUGGCGGCCUGUGCGAGUCUGGCAAUGGGCGCACGCUUUGCUGGUGGCUGAUGCUCAAAAUGUCCCGUUUGUUAUUCUGCUUGCAGGUGGUUGAUCUCCUGGUGGCGUUGCAAGUGUGUUGUGGGGGGAAUGUCUUGCAAUGGCUGCAAGCCAUUCUCGACGCCAUCCCUGCUGCUGCUGCCUCGCAUGCCGAGAGGAUGGCUCUACUGCAGGCGAUUGUAGCAGCUGGCAAUGCAUCAACACCACGCGACGCCACCAAUCAUGUGCUGCCAGCUGUGGACGAUUUGUCAGGCUCUUGUCGGCGGUCAAAGCGCGUGCUAGAUGCAGUGCAGCAGGCUCUGCUAGGGGGUAAGGUCGCUGGGAGGUGA